AUGCCUUUGCGUCAACCUGAACAACCGCAGAUUGAAUCACCAGACUCACAAGCAGAUUCGACUCAUGUCGUCCCGCCAAGUCCUCAUGGUUCGCAACAUUUGGUACCAGUCUCCGCACCAGAGGAGCCCGAUUUGUCUGCUGUGCCACAAUCGCAGAUGCCUAAAGUGUCCAGAACAGAAGAACCCGUCAAAGCUACAGAAGAACCCGCUAAAGCUCAAGUUCCAAAGUGUUAUCCAACCAGAGUUCGAACCUGCAUGGGCAUAAAUAUGGCCCUGAAACAAGGAACCUUUUCAUUCAUCUUUGAUUGUCUCAAGAUGAUAUUGCUGGUUUUGCUGCUGCCGCUAGGAAGCGUUGUAACGGCCUUUAAAUGCAACUUCGAUACAUCCAUGUGCGGAUUUGCUCAGGAUAGCAAUGAUAAGUUUGACUGGACACGACGUAAAGGAAGUACUCCGUCUAGAGCUACGGGACCAUCCGUUGACCACACUACUGGAAAUGGAUACUAUAUGUACAUUGAAACAUCAAGUCCUCGACAGCAAGGUGACAAUGCAAAACUAAUCAGCCCCAUGCUGCAAUUCAGCGGGAGCAUGUGUCUGAAGUUCUACUACCAUAUGUAUGGUGCAGACAUUGCGACGCUAAAUGUCAUAAUUAAUGGGAACAACGUGUUCACCGUGGCUAAGAGCGGCUAUUGAUGUCAGUUUAUCAGGAAAGCAUGCGGUUACAUUUGAAGGAAUACGGGGCAGUGAUUACCAGGGUGACAUCGCAAUAGACGACUUUUUGUUGGAACCAGGGUCUUGUCCUUCAAGUGAGUAAAUAAAAGUGCAACUGAUAUAGAGCCUUUCACAAAAUGCUCUCAAUUAUAGAUUGUUAUCUAAUAGCGGAGCUCCGGCG